UCUCGCGGCGACUGCGAAGCGGGCCGGGACCGGCCGGACCAGACCGGACCGGACCCCGGGGGCGAUGCGGCUGCUGCCGCUGCUGCGGACUGUCCUCUGGGCCGCGCUCCUCGGCUCUCCUCUGCGAGGGGGCUCCGGCCUCCGCCACCCCGUCUACUGGAACUCCAGUAACCCCAGGCUGCUUCGAGGAGACGCUGUGGUGGAACUUGGCCUCAACGAUUACCUAGACAUCUUCUGCCCGCACUAUGAAGGGCCAGGGCCCCCUGAGGGCCCUGAGACAUUUACCUUAUACAUGGUGGACCGGCGCGGCUAUGAGACCUGCCAGGCUCAGGGCCCAGGUGCCUUCAAGCGCUGGAGGUGCUCCCUUCCCUUCGCCCCUUUGGGCCCCAUUCGGUUCUCAGAGAAGAUUCAGCGCUUCACCCCCUUCUCCCUUGGCUUCGAGUUCUUGCCUGGAGAAACCUACUACUACAUCUCGGUACCAAGUCCGGAAAGUUCUGGCCAGUGCUUGAGGCUCCAGGUGUUUGUCUGCUGCAAGGAGAGCAGGUCUGAGUCCGCCCAUCCUGUCGGGAGCCCUGGAGAGAGUGGCACAUCUGGGUGGCAAGGGGGGGGCACUCCUAGCCCCCUCUGUCUCUUGCUGCUGCUGCUGCUCCCAAUUCUGCGUCUCCUGCGAGUUCUCUGAGCCAAGCAGACCCUCCCUGCCUCCCCCAGGAGCCAGAGCCUCCCAAGACUCUCUGCAGCAGGGGCCCUGCCACCUGAGCUGGGAGUGCCAGAAAAAGCCAGACAGACAAGGUGGAAGAGAGGGAGAGGUCAGAGGGUCUGAGGUGACUCUAAAGUGCCAGACCCCUCAUCACUGGCUGAAGAGGAGAACAGGGAAGCUGUAGACGGCCCUGGGCAUCCUGGAGCCGAGUCAAGACCAACAUAGGGUCUCUGUCAGCUGCUUUGAUGGUCUCAUCCCAUCCCCCAGGAGGACUGUGAUUUGUGAGAUCGCACUCUUGAGCCUGCUGGGGCCCAAGGCUGAAGACCUGGGACAGGUGGAUUGCCAGACCUGGGCCAGGCUAACCAUCUGUGCCCAGUGCCUUGUGGCCCUCUUCCCUGGGGCAGCACCUUUCCCUCCCCAGGAGGUCACUCUGUUGUCUUCUAUGAAGACGGAUCCGCCAUAAGUUUGAAUUUCAUGUCAGUUUGUAUUUUUAUAAGUGUGUGGACCAAACCCUCAAUAAACCACCCAUCUUUUUGUUGAUCUCCCCCACCCACUGCCCUCUGGCUCCUUCCCUGACACUAGCACUCCCUACAGCCUGUGCUCACAGCCGGACUUGGCCUGACCUCCAUGCCAGCUGUGCCCAGGCCAUCCAUGCCAGGCCUCAGUGGGCACCCCUCUAGGCAGUGUGGGGUGGUGCCAGCAACAGCUGUGGAGCUUGGCACUCUCCCACCUCCCUAGUUGGCUUCCUGUAGCCAGGAGGGGCAGAUGCUCCUGACUGUCUACCCACUUGGGGCACUGCCCCCACUCUGGUAGCACCAAGCUGGCCAUUGGGGCAUAAGCAAGGGGCAGUAGGAAGACAACACCUGGAUUUCAGAAUGCCUGGGUCCCUGAGAGCUAGGCUUCCCUCCACCUCCCCUAGGGCACUCUGGGCGGUGGCUGGCCUAGAACUGGGGAGGUGGGGUCAGAUCAAAGCCUCCUUCCCCAGCGGCCUCUUUGUUCUUAGCUUUUAUAAGGAGGAGGAGGUGGGGCUGAGGAGGGAGGGCCCCCUUUGCUCCCAGCCACACUUAGUCUCUCCCACCUCUUAGGCUAGGUUAUGAUUCCUCUAUGUCCUACGGAGACCCUCUUUCUGAAAGGUGUCCUAAGUAGAGAGAGGGUAAGGGGUGCCCCUUCCCCCGAAGCUACACCCUACCCAGCCCGGUGCCCCGCAGCCUCCACUGGCACAGAGCCGGCCCGUCUGGCUCGGGUCCAGCGAUCGAUAGGUGGAUGUUGUGCUGAUUAGCUCGGCCCGGCUGCGGCAGCGAGAGGCAGCGUG